AUGGCGCGCUGCGGCGGCGGCGCAGCGCCGAAGGGCCCCGGCCCGGCGGCGGCGGAGCGGCAGCGGCUGAAGGAGGCGCUGGCCGAGCAGCUCCGGCAGGAUCUCGACAGGCUGCUGGCGGAGGGGACCCACUCCGACGUGACCUUGCAAGUCGGCGACGAGGAGGUGCGGGCACACCGGGCGGUGCUGCUGGCGCGGGCGCCGCUGGUCUGCGAACAUCUGGCCGGGGGGCAGCUGCAGCUGGAACCCGCGGAGUUACGGGAAUUCCUGCGGAUUCUAUAUUCAUCCGAUAUAAAUCUUAAAGAAAUUGAGGAGCUGUUUAUGAGGAAAAUACAAGAAAGCAACAAUACUACUCUUCAGAACGUUCAAAAAAAUGUAAAUUGUCUUGGACAAAGCAAAAGAACACCAAUUGAUCACAAUACUCCAAGUGGAGCUGUGCAGAAAGGAAUUGUUUGUGUGUCUGGUAUUGAGGAAGAAAUUCCAGAAGCAGUCAUUGAUGCAGAAAGCGACAAAGCUGCUGCAGGUGAUUCCAAAGUAGAAACCGCGUCUGUGUUAGGAGAAGACUUAUUGAUGCUCUACAAGAAGUGCUGUUGUCCAGAUAUUAAUAUUUGCGUAGAAGGCAAGCAUUUUCAAGCUCACAGGGCCAUUUUAUGUGCCAGAUCUAGUUACUUUGCUGCUAUGCUGAGUGGAAGUUGGGCUGAGAGCUCUCAAGAGCACAUCACUCUUCAAGGUAUAAGCCAUGCAGAAAUGAAUGUUGUCUUGCAUUUUAUAUAUGGAGCUAUUUUGGACUUCCCAGAUGAAGUUGAUGUUGGUCACAUGUUGGGCAUUGCAGACAUGUAUGGGCUGGAUGGACUAAAAGAAGUAGCUAUCUACAUUUUGAAAAGAGAUUACUGCAAUUUUUUCCAAAAGCCUGUUCCUGGCAAACAGCAACCUGUACUAGAGUGCAUGGCUAUUGCUCAUUCACUGGGAGUGGAAAACCUAUAUGCUGCUUGCAUGAAAUGGGUAGGAAAACAUUUUGCAAGAUGUUUUUCAGAGAAAAGCUUUGCCAAUUUACCUACUGAACUUCAGAACAAUUGUCUUGUUAUGUUGAUUAACUCUUUGAGCCACAAGAAUGCUGCUUUCCGUUUGAUGGAGAGUGACCGGCUGGUCAAUAGCCUGCCCCGAGUGAAAUGGACAGAGACAGCUGUGGCCUUGGCAUCACGGCUGCAUGAGGAAUGUGUAACCUUUAUUGUUGCAAACUUCCUACACGUAGUACAAAGUGAAGGCUUCUCUGUUUUGUUGCAGGCACAGGCAAUGAGCAGCAAACCUGACCUCCUAGAAGUAAUUUUCAAUGCAAUUGAAAAAAGCAUUAAUAAUGAAAAUAGCUGCUUUCUUCUUGUAGCAGUGGAUAUGUUGCUGGACUCUGCAAAUGUGAAGGAGAUGGGUUUUACGUGCAAGAUCCAGGCGCUGCGUGAUAAGCUCUGGGUCUUCCUGGUUCAGUCUUUUUAUGCUGUUCGUCACACAGAAGGCUGGAAGCUGGUGAGGCCAGACCAUCAACAGAAAAUACAAGCAGCUGCAUUUGACAAGGGUGAUGACCGAAGACUUGGCAAAAAACCUGUAUUCACCAGUUCUCAGCUAAAUAAAACUACUACUGCAUCUGUUGGUAUAAGGAAUACUUCCUGGGCAGAACACAGCAAGAAAGAUUGCUUGGGAGAUUCUUCCACUAAUCAGAAUAAAAUGAAAUCUGAUGGAUUAGGAGCAUCUGGACAUGCAUCCACCAAUAGAAACACUGUUAAUAAGACUUCAAAGCAUGAGGAUGUAAAGGGGAAAGAUGGCAAAAAAUUAGUUUCCAAGAUUACCAAGGAUUCCAAACCUGGGGAAAAAGCUGCUCUGCCAAAGGCUAGAGCUGUUAUAAAGACAAAAAUAGAAAAUAAUGGAAAUAUGAAGGCUGAAAGUAUGCUUACCAAGCAAGAUACAGAAAAGACAUCAUCUGCAAGUGGACAAAAAAAUUCAGGAAGCAGCAAAGGACUAAGGAACCAUGAAGGAAAAGUUGCAGGUGCCAGACCUAAGGUGCUGACAGUAACCUCAAGCAUGCAGAACAAAACAAAGCCAUUGAAAAAAACCACAGGGAAAGAAUCACCCUCCUUGGUGACUGUGGCAGCAACUUCCAGCAAGUCAGCAAAUUCAAACAUGGACAUCCAGACUGCGGGUGAACAGACAGAGGAACCCAAAGAGGAUAAAUCAGAAGAGGAAGGGAAAAAACAGACUGUAGUGAAAACAAAGGUAUCUCUGAAGGUCUCAAAUGGAGUCACCACUAAAAAAAAAAAGACUGAGCUUGAGGCUAAUGCCACAACAAGCAGUCUGACAAAAAAACCAACAGGAAAAGGGUGUAAUGAGCAAAAUGUACAAGCCAUUCUAAAGAAAAAAGGGAAUGUGAGUAUGAAUUCUGCAGCACAGCAAAAGACUCAAAACACACCUACCAAUUCUCCCAAGAACCAAGGACCUCAGGGGGAAUCACCAAAUUCACUGAAAUCAAGAGUGUCUCCAAAACAUAAUGAAGAAAAAAACGUGUUACAACACCUGGUUCAGACAACACUCCCGGAAAAACAUCCUUCAGCUAAGAAGAAGAGUAUUAAACCAUCACAAACACCUGUAACAAAAGCCACUUCAAAAAUAACACCUAAGACUCUGGCUCCAUCAAAGAAUGCUGAGAUUACGAAUAAUAAAGACCAAAAACAGAAAACAGCUGUAUUAAAAUCUCAGUCCUCCGCCCAGAAGCAUUCAAGGAGUGAUUCUCCUGUUGUCCAGAAGAAUGUGCACACCUCUGAGCACAGAGGUUCAGGACAGAAACUUGAGAAAAACACGGCUGAUGCUGUGGCAGAUCAGCUUCAUGACAAUAAUGAAUGCUAUUCUGCAAAUGAAUCUUUAAAACCUGCCACAGAAAGUAGCAGUGACAAUAAAUUGCUGGAGUCCUGUCAAUCCAAUAAACAAAAAUUACCAGAUUCUUCUGAAACUGUGCAAUACAAAAUACAAUCCGCAUCGUCUUCUCCUCAAAUUGCAGAAGAAACUCUUUAUAAACUGAAUGUUUCAAUACAAAAUGACAUGGAAACAAGACAAAUCUAUGGAGAUCAGACUGGAAUUAGAAAUAUUGAAGAUCCAGAGAAAGAUGAUAAUGCAGCUGAAUUUCACUGUCAUGCACAGUCUUUCAAUGAUGGAUAUUCAGAUUUUUCCACGGAAACCAAUCAAAAGGCUAUUGUUUUAGGAGAACUGGUGAAAGAUUCAAAAGCAACAAAAGUCUGUAAUGAACAGAGUGAUAAAAUAAACUCUGAAACAGGUCGUAACUAUGGUGAAAAUGCUUUGUCAAGCCUUUCCCAAGUAACCAGUAAAGAUGACGAGACAUCAUCUUCUCAGAUCCAUGUGGAAGGAUUUCUUACAGUUGAUGAACUGUGUGAUACAUCAGCCUUGACUGAAUAUAAAUCAGUUACAACAGAUUUAGACGAUGCUUCAGAAUGUUCCACAGAACAAAUAACAGAAAAAUAUUCACCUAAUUACACAGAGCUUAUAGAGCCUAUGGAAAUGCCAGAAAACCAUGAAAAUGCAGAAAUUCCUUUUGUGGACCACUGGAGUACUGGUGCUGUAGAUCCAAAAGAGAGUCCUGAAUCAGAUACUGGCAGUGCAACCACAUCCUCUGAUGAUAUAAAACCAAGAUCAGAAGAUUAUGACGCCGGAGGCUCUCAGGACGAUGAGGGAUCCAAUGAACGAGGGAUUUCUAAAUGCAGUACUAUGUUAUGUCAUGAUUUUCUUGGAAGAAGCAGCAGUGACACAAGUACACCUGAGGAAUUAAAAAUUUAUGAUAGCAGCCUAAGAAUAGAAGUGAAAGUGAAAAAAGAGGGUUCUGAUGUCUUUCGUGUUAAUUCAACAAGUGAUGAUGAAAUACCAAGAAAAAUUUGGUCCCAUCAAGAGAGUUCACGGACCACUACUAGAGAAAGCAAAAGUUCUACUUUUGGUAGUGCACAGUUCACUCAGGAAGCAGACCAAGUUUCUUCUUCUGCCGAUGAAACAGAAGAUGACAGAUCUGAAGCAGAGAACGUUGCAGAAAAAUUUCCCCCACCAAAUGUUCCUACUCAACAGUUCCAAGGAAUUGAUAAUUUAGCUUUUGAGGAUGCAACAGAAAAUGAUACUGGAGGUCAGGAGUUUUCUAAAACUAAAAAUUUCAAACGAUCUGUUUUACUUUCAGUAGAUGAAUGUGAGGAAUUGGGAGCUGACGAUAAAGUGGAAAAUCACACUUCACGUCAGCACUCAACAGAUUCUCUUACUCCUUCAGAAGUAUUUGACAAUGUUUCUCAAGAGCACCACAGAACGACAUUUUAUUCAAGAUACCCAUUGGAAACUGAAGAGGGAUUCCUGGGGGGCAAACAGCAAAAGGACAGAGACAAUAGAUUGGAAAAAAGUGGAAGUUCUGUCCUGCAUCUUCACGGUACUGAAAUCCCAGGAAAGGAGAAUCACGGUGCUUCAAUGACUGAACAAAAUUGCCCAGAGAAAGUAUAUUCAGCAGGUAGUCCACAUCCAGGAGAAAACCAGCAAGUAAAUAUGAAGAAUGAGGUGGCUAGUGAAUUUCACCCAUGCAAUAAGUACUUAGACAGUGAUGCAAAAUCUCAAGAAAGACCAUGUCAUCUGGAUCUUCAGCAGAGAGAAACUAAUUCUGAUGUGCAAAAGAGCAACUCUGCAAAACCUGUAGAAGCCAGUAAGAAUCAGAUGCUGACUCAGGAAAGUCAAGUGAGAGACAGUCAACCAGCAACUACUGAAUGCGCUAAUACUGAUUUACUUCCAGGAGACAUAGAUGAUUAUGACACAAUGGCACAAACCUGCAUGUAUGAACAUCGGCCUUCAAAAACCCUUUCUCCAAUAUAUGAGAUGGAUGUUGGAGAAGCAAUUGAGCAGAGGAUGGAUUCAGAAACAGCAGUUCUAGAGAUGGAUUUUGAAGAUCAACAGUUUGCAGAACAGGACUGGACUCUACUCAGGCAAUUGUUAUCUGAGCAGGACUCGAAUAUAGAUUUCAAAAACUCUCUUCCUGAAGACCUUAACUUAGCACAAUGUCUUAUCAAUCAGACACUGUUUCUGGCACGCGAUGGUUCGAAUCCUCAGGGUACCUCACAAGUUGACACGUUCAGUAGGUGGACUGAACUCAUGUCUCCACUUGACGACUCCUCAGCAAGCAUUACAGUGGCAAGCUUUUCAUCUGAAGACUGCUCGUCCCCUCAAGGGGAAUGGACAAUUCUCGAACUGGAAACCCAUCAUUAAGGUUUCACCUGUUUGCAACUGAAUUCCAACCCAUUCCCCAAAUCUAUUUUUGAUGAGUUGUUUCCAUACCAUAAUGAAAUACUGCAUCAGUCAAGAACGAGCAAUUCUUGAUAUUGAGGCAAUCUUUCUGAUAAAAUGAGGUAAAUAUGUUAACUUAUCAUCUAGAUUUAAUCACAAGUACAGUAAUUUUUCAAGACUUAAAUGUAUGUCUUUUCUAAAAAUGAACUUGAGCAUGUAUUUUCUAGAAUUGUUAGAAAAACUAGAUGACAUGAAAGAAAAGUCUGGGUUUCUGCCCUCCCUUUUAUCUUCUUUUUUGACAUUUAAUGUUCUCAUUGAUAAAAAAUUUAAAGAUGAAUGCACUAUAGUAGACCUAUUCCUCUCUUUUCCCCCUCCAAUAUGGUGACUUCAUUUUACAACAAUAAAGAUUCAGAAUGGUUGUGUCAAAAGGUGAUGUGUGCCAACACUAUUUUAAAUGACAGAAAAACAUAAAGAAAAUGUUUCAAUCUGAA